UGAGGGGACCCCAGCCUACGGCCUCAAGCAGCCAUCCAGCUCCGACAUGGCCCAGCCAGCCCACUGCAUCCGCUCCGUCUUUGGCCUCCAGUGCUUCUUCCUUUUCCUUCUCACCUCUCAGGAGGCAGGUGCUGCCGCACUUCAAGAACUCCAGAAAACUGGCAAAUCAACAUCUGAUCAUUUGUUCUCUCUGGCUCCAGCCCUUGUUUCCAUCACCCCGUCUAAUCACGCUGCUCUUCAUUCAGAGCACAGCUCUCCAGACCCCCUGAUAUCUACAGAAACCCAUAAGCCAAAGCACCAAUGCACUACCACGCACCGCUCCAAGCUGGCUCACCAAAGCUCCACAACCCAAGCUGCUCCUCCUGCUGCUGAACAGAACCCCAGCAAACAGGGAAGAGGGCCAAUUAUCCGGAACGAACGUGCUUCUGAACCUAAGGACACCGCUAAUACAGAUCAAGGGUCAGAUGGGGAAAGACAUACAACUCCAGUACCCAACAGAAAGAGUACCACUUGUCUUAAGCGCACAACAAGCAGAUCAACAGUGACAAGCAAACCAGCCAAAGUUGUAACACCAAGUACCACCUCAAACAAGACUACAGAAAAGACAAAACAAAACCUAGGAAAAGUGACUGACCGCAAGCAAUCAACCACAAGGGGCCAUGAGAGGACCUCAGGAAGCCCAGAAAAGUCCACGGAACACGAAGGAAAGACCACGGGGGACAAUAAGAGGGUCACGGGAGCCUCAGAAAAGUCCACAGGACACGAAGAAAAGACCACAUCAAACCACGAGAGGACCACUGAAACCUCUGUAGGCACAGGACACGGAGAAAAGAUCACAUCGGGCCAUGAGAGGACCACAGGAAGCCCAGAAACGCCCACAGGACACGAAGGAAAGACCACAUCAAACCACGAGAGGACCACUGAAACCUCUGUAGGCACAGGACACGGAGAAAAGAUCACAUCGGGCCAUGAGAGGACCACAGGAAGCCCAGAAACGCCCACAGAACAUGAAGGAAAGACCACAGGGACCCAUUAUAAGACCACAGGCGGUUCAGCAAAAUCUACUAGACAUCAAGAAAAGACCACAUCGGUCACUGAGACCAUAAAAGCUCCAAUAAAACUCACAGAAAAUCCAGCAAAAAACACAGCAGCCACAGAGAACAUAAGACCUGCAGUGAAGGUCACAGGAGACGCAUCUAUCAGCACUACGUCUCCUUGCACCAGUAACACUGACGCUUCCCGGUGUGUACCCACUGGUUCCUCUACACCCCCCAGGUCGAUCGUGUCAGAAGCCCCCGACAACAAGAGCCAUCCGCAGCAGAACAAAGAUGACUCACAAGGAGGUGUCCAUGAGGGAGAAACGGAAGGGACUGAUUCCUUCCCCGCAUGGGCCAUAGUGGUCGUGAUCCUGUUGAGUGUGAUUCUCCUUCUGGUGUUCAUCGGCCUGAUUGUCCUGGCCUCCUACUUGGCUCGAACACGCCGUGCACUGAUCCAGAACACUGAGAAUAAUGACUCAGAGAAUGCUGGGGGCUCCAAUUCCUACCCAGUUUACCUGAUGGAGCAACAGACUUUUGGCCCAUCCCAGACCCCUGGCCCACGAUGACCAUUCAGAAGUCGCUCACCCCCAGAUUUUCCAUGACCUAUCCCUUUCCUGGAUGAGACCCAUAUAACAGGGACCCACAACUGUGAGUCCCACAAGUGAGACCCACAGUUCCUAUUUCCUGGACUCCACAAAGGGCAAAGUACCGACAGUUGACACGCUAACACUUCAACUGCUGUGAUCUUAUUUAAACCAGCCAAGGUGUGAGGUGAUAAGCAAAAAGGAUGUGAGUUUGGGGUAUAGAAAAAAAGAAUGAAUAAUACAAGCGAGUGUUCUCUGUAGAAGAUGAUGAUCUGAAAAUGAAAAGAUGUUUGAUGGAUGUAUGGGGUGGAGAUCAAUAUACGACUCUGAGUCCUGGGAGGGGCAGCACAGUUGGGGAGCCUUAGAAAGCAAUGCUCCAGACCUGACCGAGUCAGGAUUAUAGGCAGGGGGAGUCAAAAGACAGAGCCUCUGGGUUUCAGGACCAACCUAUGUUAUUUCCACCUCUCACUUAGAGUUUGUGUGUGGACAAAGCCUCUGGGUUUCAGGACCAACCUAUGUUAUUUCCACCUCUCACUUAGAGUUUGUGUGUGGACAGGUUUGUCUCUCAGUUUCCAGGGCCCUUGAUUUUUUCUUUUAAUAAAAAAAAUAGGAUCUGAGAAGAAAAGAGGAUUUCCUUCUCUACCUUCUACAUUCUCAGAAAAAUUCCAGGAAAGAUCAUCCCACAGAAUGAUAUCUCCCACCCAGAUGGUUCGGCCCUCUUCCUUCUGAAUCCCUUAGUUUUUCUAAAUGUCUACAGUGGGCAUCCUGUUGCUGGGUUGUGGGAGGGCAUGCAGGGAGGGAUUUUUGUUUGGCCUGCAGUCUCUUCCAUGGAUCUCCACCCCAGACCUUCCUUGACAGUGUUCCCCACUCAUCAUUUAUUUUCCUGUCUCUUCCCCUAAAGCCCCAAAGUCUUGGCUUUUUCCUGUAGAAGUCACCUAUCUUCUCUACUGCCCCUAUCCUCUCUCCUCACACCUUCACCCCAGAUUAUGAUUUUUCUCCUUACAGACAUUUCAUCUGGGUUUUUCUCUCCAACUUAUUAAAGUUCUUUCAUCUGUUACUGAUUGGGCAGAAGGAGAGUCAGCUGAUGACAGAUAGCUUCUUUCUAUCCAUUGGUCUUUCUAUAAUAAAGUGUAAAAUAAUUAUAAAAUAAAGCAUAAUAAUUACUGGACUAUCA